CCCGAUCAAUAAUAUUUAAAGUGUUACUAUCACGGCCACUUCAUUAAGAGUGAGUAUUUUUCUCCUAAAGAUGGCUCAGUAUCACAGGCUCUCAGACGCCAGUGCCUCAGAUCACAGCACGAGCGUUUCUCCUGGAGUGAUCAAAAAGCUAAAAGAACAAGGAUACACCAUAGAGAAGGAACUUGGCCGAGGGGCUUCAGGAAUGGCGUUUCUGGUGAAAGACACAGAAGGAGACCCUUAUGUGAUCAAACAGAUGAAUUCCAGAGAUGAGGAGGAGCUGGAUGCAGUCAGAAAGGAAGUUGAAAUCCUGAAAAAUCUCAGCUUUGGAUAUAUUGUUACUUAUGUGAAUUCAUUUGAAGAUAAAGAAGCUGAGUUCUUUUACAUUGUGAUGGAGUAUUGUGCAGGAGGAGAUCUUAAUGAGAGGAUGAAAGCACAGAAAGAAAGAGGGUUUUUUGAAGAACAACAGAUUCUUGACUGGUGUGUUCAGAUUUGUCUGGCCCUGCAGUAUAUUCAUGAAGAGAGGAGGAAUAUUCUUCACAGAGAUAUCAAACCUCAGAAUAUUUAUCUGACUGAAGAUGGCUACAUCAAUCUAGGGGAUUUUGGAUACUCAACGGUGCAGAAAAGAGCAGAUCCUUAUACUAGCUCAGUUAGAGGUGCUGAGCUCUAUCACAGCCCAGAAGUUUCUGACAACCAAUAUACUUCCAAAAGUGAUAUUUAUUCACUGGGAUGGGUGCUCUAUGAUCUCUGCAUGCUGGAAGUGUGGUCAGAUUUUAAAAGACGUCGCUUUCAACAAGCCUCCCACGAUAUGGGAUACCCUCUUCAGUUCUCAAACCUGUAUUCACAGGAUCUACAGGAAUUAAUCAAAGAAAUGCUCGGCUGUUGUCCUAUGACCAGACCUUCAGCUGAAGAGAUUUUAGCAAAACCAUUCUUAAGAGAUGCUUUAGAGAGAAACAGGAGAUUUCCAAAAGCACUGGAACAAAGGUUCAUGAUGUCCUUAAAGAUCUUUGAUAAGACCUACACUGAGCGCUAUGAUCAUUUUGAGGCUUUAGUUACAGAGUGGGGAAAAACAACAGAUUCACUAGAGGAGGUUCAUCGUAAAUGCACAGUAGGUGCUCUGUCAGGUUCAGUGAUUGGAGCAGCUGGAGGAAUCACUGCAGUGGUUGGUGCAAUUUUGGCACCUUUCACUUUUGGAGCAUCUCUGAUUGUUACUGGUGUUGGGAUUGGAGUUGGAGUUGCAGGUGGAGUAGCAGGUGCUGCUUCCAGCAUUACCAAUGCAGUCAAACAAAAAUCACUCCGUGAGAAUAUUCAGAGAAUUCAGCAGAACUUUACAGAUGUGGCACCACUUAUCAAGUCACUGAAUGCACUGAGAAGGGUACUGAGAGUAAUCCAAAAAUUCAGGGAUUUUGUCUGUGACUCCUCUGAUAAUGUGCAAAUGUCAUGCAAUGUAGGCAGGAGUAGACUAGUGUGUGGCACAGAACUCAUGCAUCUAGGUCUGCUGGCAAAUGUUGGCAGAAUUGCUGCUCAAACUGCCAGAGUAGGACGCGCAGCAGCAGCAGCAACAGCUGCAGUCACAGGAGUGUUGAGUGGACUAUUAGUCAUUGUUGACACGGUAUUCAUAGUCAAAGACUCCAUAGACAUUCACCAGAUGAGACAGGGACAAGUAGAUGAUCCAAAAAAGGUCAAGUCAAGUUUACUCAAGUCCAUUGCUGAAAUGAGGAAGACACACACAGAUCUAUGUAAUGUCUUAAAGGAAAUUAAAGAAACAAGAGAGGAACUAAAAGAAUAUAUAAAAGAGGCCAUGGUUUACAGAGCUUAA